GCCAAGUGUUUUGGUAAACCCGCUACUUCGAUGAGCGUCGAACGAGAGAAGGGCCUGGUACACAGUGCUCCCAGCGGACUAUGCCUUCCCCAACACGGGAGGAAAGCAAAGGGGAGACCGGACAGGCAGAGAACGGAGCGACGAACAGCGGUGACAGGGAGAGUGGGACAGGCGACCGCCUCGCAUGCGCUUUGGAGAUGGAGAUGACAACCCGCAGUCUGCAUGGCGACUCCAAACUGGAUUGCGAUGGCUUGAUCAACCGAAACGGAGGAGACUCUGCAGAAGUGUCCGUACCGCUGUCACUCCCCGGGAAGCGGACAGCUCACAUGGAGGGAGACGACCUCUACAGACUGCGAAACAGAAAGUUUUUAUUAGAGGAUAAAAGGCGACUUUGCGCAUUGGCUCUGGGGACUGCUCUGCUCGGGAUACUUCUCACAAUAAUCCACGCCGAGUUAUGUCCCCUCGUUUAUACACCGGGCUCAAACAUUGCCUUAUUCAUCAACUGUUCCAUCAGCCUCUCUACUGGGUGUCUCCUCAUCCUCAUCAUAGCUUUCCAUUAUAAGGACAUCAGGCUGUUUGUCAUUGACCACAACCAGGUGGACUGGCGUAUUGCCAUGACCAGCCACAGGGUUCUUGUGAUCACUCUGGAGUUGUUGGUCUGCGUCAUCCAUCCUGUUGGCACAUACUGGGAGGUGGGCCUCCACACAAACUCCUCUUCCUCAGCUCCACUCUGUGUUUCCAACCACCAUGGCAGGGCCCUGAUGGACAUGGAGCUGCUGUUAUCAGUACUGAUGUUCCUCCGCUUGUACUUGGUGCACAGGGCCAUCCUGCUGCACAGCAAAGUGCUGCUGAGUGCCUCCUACAGGAGCAUCGGCUCGCUCAACAACAUCAACUUCACCUUUCGCUUUGUACUCAAGAUACUGAUGAACAAAUACCCAGCUCGCACCCUGCUGGUCUUCAUCCUUUUCUUCUGGCUGACUGCUUCCUGGAUGCUUACUCUGUGUGAGAGGCAGACCAAGGCAAUGACAGGCCAAAUGGACACGGCUAUGUGGCUCAUAGCCAUCACCUUCCUCACAGUGGGCUAUGGGGAUGUGGCGCCCAACACCAGCUGUGGAAAGGCAGUGUGUCUCUUCACUGGAGUCAUGGGUGUAGCAUGCACUGCCAUGCUGGUGGCAGUUGUUACUAAGACGCUGGCAUUGAACAAAGGAGAGAAACAUGUUCACUUCUUCAUGCUGGACAUCCAGAUCUCUAAAAGGUGCUACAGCUUCUCACCAAACUGUAUGGCAGUGUCGGACUGUAGGUGCAUUGCUUCGGAGGAUACAACCAUUUCCUUUCUCCCAAUGGCUGCAUCCUGUCACAAGAUCCGCCACGCCGCUGCUAAUGUGCUGAGGGAAUGCUGGCUUCUGCACCGCGCAAACCUGACAAGGGGCAACCGCGGUGAACACCGAAGACACCAGAGAUGCCUUCUGGAAGCCAUCAGAGUAUUUCGGCAUUUACGCCUGAAACAAAAAAAGCUGAGAGAUUACGUCAGUGAGAUGGUGGACCUCCCGAAGAUGCAGAUGAUCAUGUGCGACCUAAGUGCCAAUUGGAAUAACUCGUACCGGGAGCUGGAGCAGCGUAUCCUCUCCAUGGAACAAAAGCUUGAUGAGCUGAGUCGCUGCUUCCAGCAAACCUCAGAGAUGUUGUCUCAUGUCCUACGCCACCGCAACACAGAGAUCAGGUGACAUGGCUACAAUUAAUUGGAAGACAGAAGAUUGUCAUAUCAGUGUUUUCAUCUACAGUAUACAUGAAAGUGAGACGGUGAAUCCUUUCAACCUGGAGCUGCUCAAGAAUAUUAACAUGCUCCAACACUUGGAGGAGUGGCAUACUUUCAACCAUCUCAUCUUUUGGCCCUAUAUCUGUAAAAUAAUACGGAUAACAUAAGACUUCCAUUCACUGUGGGAGAAUCACAGUGCAUUUGAAGGAAAUCUGUUGUUUUCAGCAGCUAUAUAUUUGAGUGUCCAAAUAACUGAGUUAGUCUCAAACGAGGACUGUGGAGGGCCUUCACACAGUCAGCGGCUCCAGAGACUGAUCUCUUAACUGCUAUUUGUAAAGUUUUAAUGAUGGACUCCGCAACUGCCUUAUUCCUGUGGAAUAACAUGCAUAUUAUUAUUUUAUUUUAAGUUUCUUGCAAUGUUUUACAGCGUAACCCCAAUCAGUUUUGUAAAAAAAUCUUCAGCAAGGUCCUCUUGUUCAUUAGCUGAGUUUCAUGGUUAAAUUGUUCAUUAUUGUUUGCAAGUUAAUAUAUUAUAAUCUCUUCCAACUCCUUAUUGCUCUGCUUUCCUCUAUCCCAUCAAAUGAUUUGUGAAUGAAAUUGUGUGCUUUUAUGCUCAAACAAGAGAAAAAACAUCAAUCGAGUAUUGUGGGAACUUUAUUUCAAUCUGAAAAUCAUUGGGCCUCUUGAGUGAAUGUGUAUGGUUUGUGUUGUAAUCCUCUGCUGCAGGAAAAAGUUUACACCUGUUCUGAGAGUGAGUUGCACACCACCAGCUCCAUCUAGUGGAUAUUAUUUCAGUAAACAUAGAUAAUACUGAGGACAGUUAACACUAAAACCAUGAAGAUUAUACGAUAAAAAAUGUCAUGUGCUAUUUUCAACCUGCAUACCAAGGCCUGUACAAUGUCUCAAACAGGCAUAACAUUUGAAUAAGCUGCAUUUAAAACCAAUCAAGAGGACUCAGAAACUCACUGCUAAAAAUGUGAAACUUCAUGAAAAAAAUAACAAAACUGGAUGAAAUGUAUAGCAAAACUGGAGUGUUUUCAUUUAACCCAAUACUGAAAAAGUUCCUUGUUGGUUCAUUUGUACGGUUCAAAUAACUAACAUUGUUUACUAUGUAUCAUUUGCACAUGGUGAAAACAUGUUAACAACCAUCCAGGACAUGCUUAUAAAUAAAAGACAUUAAAAAUGUA